GUCAAAGACUCGAAGUCUGAAUACAUGGAUGGUUAUGGUACAUGGUAGUAGCCCACAGGGACAUGAGAGACACCCAACUCUUUCUCAGUCUUUCUAAUCUAAAACUCACUGAAAGCUUUUUCUUUCCUUUUCUCUCUCUCUCUCUCCACACAUUUUAGGAAAGGGAGCUCUCACACAACACAUUGCUCUCCCUCUUUAUCUCUCUCAACAGUUGUAGUGAGUGCUCUCUUUUCUUUCUUUCUUUCUUUUCCACUCUGCUAAAGCAAACCAAAGCAAAGCGUAUCAAAGGUCUGAUUUUUGUGAGGACGCUCUCUCUCUCUCUCUCUCUCUCUCUCUCUCUCUCUCUCUCUCAAGCCCAGAAAUUGUCUUGCAAUUGAUGGACGUGAAGAUGAACAUAAGUGGGAGUGUCAACGGAGGGGAACAUUUGGUGAGUGAUGGGUUUGUUCAAUUUGAUCUGUUUUAGCAAGUGUAAUUUAUGUCGAUGGCCUCAAAAUCUGGUGCCAGAACUUCCCCAGAAAGUCAGAGGAAAUUAAUUGGAAGUCAGACCACAGAAGGAAAUUUUCGUAGACCUUCACCUUUACAGAUCACGAAGACAAGCAAAUCAGAGCCAGUUACUCCAAAAAAACUGCCUAGGCAUGUGCAACAAACUGCAUCUAAGGAGGUUUCUGCACAAACCACCGAAGAGAAGAACUGCAAGAUCCCUUAUUUGAAGGAGUCUGCCAAAUCUUUAGCUGAUCAGUUAGGUUCAACUUUAUCACUUGGUGAUGCAAAACAGGUGCCAGCUGAUGUGUGUCCUGCGGUGAGUGACACCAGGAAUUUGCUGGAAGGUGGUGAUCAAGAAAAGAAAAUAUCAGAAAAUGGAGUUAGCCCAGCUCCAGCGAAAGUCAGUGAUGGGACCAGCAGUCUUGCCAAGACUAGUGGAAGUGCCAAAAUUAGUGAUCGAGCUGAUUUUGUUGAGAGUGGGAAGAGCAGUAUUUGUAGAGGUAGCACAAGCAGUGACGUGAGUGACGAGAGUACUUGUAGCAGCUUAAGUAGCGCUAUCAACAAACCUCACAAGGCGAAUGACAUACAUUGGGAAGCCAUACAGGCAGUCCGAGCAAGGGAUGGUGUUUUUGGUUUGGGCCAUUUCAGACUUUUGAAGAAGUUGGGCUGCGGGGAUAUUGGAAGUGUUUAUCUUUCAGAGUUGAGUGGGACAAAAUGUUAUUUUGCAAUGAAGGUCAUGGACAAAGCAUCUUUAGCUAACCGUAAAAAACUUCUUCGGGCUCAGACUGAGAGAGAAAUACUUCAAUGUUUAGACCAUCCCUUCCUUCCAACCCUAUAUACCCACUUCGAGACAGAGAAGUAUUCUUGUCUGGUGAUGGAGUUCUGCCCUGGAGGCGACUUGCACACACUUAGGCAGAGGCAACCAGGAAAGCAUUUUACUGAACAAGCAGUGAAGUUCUAUGUAGCAGAGGUUCUCCUUGCACUGGAAUAUCUUCACAUGCUCGGGAUUGUUUAUCGUGACCUCAAGCCAGAAAAUGUCCUUGUGAGAGAUGAUGGGCACAUAAUGCUUUCCGACUUUGACCUUUCCCUGCGCUGUGCUGUCAGCCCAACCCUUGUCAAAUCUUCAGCUCCUGAGUCUGAACCUUUUCGAAGGAACUCAGCUUAUUGUGUGCAACCCGCCUGCAUUGAGCCCUCUUGUAUUCAGCCAUCUUGUGUGGUGCCUACAACAUGUUUCUCCCCUCGUUUCUUUUCAAGCAAAUCCAAGAAAGACCGGAAACCCAAGAAUGAAAUCGGAAACCAAGUCAGACCAUUACCAGAACUUAUGGCUGAGCCAACCAAUGCUCGCUCGAUGUCAUUUGUUGGGACCCAUGAGUAUUUGGCACCAGAAAUUAUCAAAGGUGAAGGGCAUGGCAGUGCUGUUGAUUGGUGGACUUUUGGGAUCUUUCUGUAUGAGCUGUUGUUUGGUAAGACUCCUUUCAAGGGAUCAGGGAAUCGAGCCACCCUGUUCAACGUGGUGGGUCAGCCAUUGAGAUUUCCAGAGACACCAGUGGUUAGCUUUUCAGCAAAGGAUCUGAUAAGGGGCCUACUAGUGAAAGAACCACAGCAGAGGCUGGCAUAUAAGCGAGGAGCAACAGAGAUUAAACAGCAUCCCUUCUUCGAAGGUGUUAACUGGGCAUUGAUUCGAUGUGCUAGCCCGCCUGAUAUUCCAAAACCAGUCGAGUUUGACCGGAUUUCAGCCCCCACAGUCUCAACUAGUGAUAAAGCUACUGUUGCUGCUUCUCAUCCGGACCAAAACAAUUAUCUGGAAUUCGAUUUCUUUUAAUUACUUCCUGAACUGAAAUGCCAUUUCCAUUUUGUUGAGAAAGAUGUAGAGCUUCUGAAAUGUUGAUUUAUGUGGAAUUUAGGGUUUUCUUUUAAUGUUGAUAAUGAUCAUAUGUUUGGUGUUGUUAUGAAACACAAAUUUGUAUUGCAGG